AUGUCUGGGAGCGCUGGCGUUUCGCGGCAACGGUCCGUCUCGAACAAAUUGAGAGGAGCGAUGGCCCCGUCGGGCUCCAAAGCGAAGUCGCGCGCCGAAAACAUGCCAUUCGAACCUUGUGCUUCGACGGCUUCUCUCCUCCUCUUCGCCCAAGGCUCAACCGUUGUAUGUCUCCACCAUGACACCUUAACGGUCGAGAGACGGUUCGAGAAACAUUCCAAGGACAUCGAGUUGAUAGCGGCCGAUAGCGUCAGCGAGACCGGUGCUGGAAAGCUAGUCGUUAGCUACGACGUAGGACAAACCGCCAUAGUCUGGGACCUGUCCAGUGGCGAGCAAUUGUCACGGUUUGUGUCAUACGAGUCUCUGAGAGUGGCCCAUUGGAUGAGAAAUGGAAACGUCGCCUUUGGCAAUGCAAAGGGAGAGGUCAUCCUGUUCGAGCCGGCAACGAGUGAUCACAUUUCGGCGCGAACCAUCUUCGACCCUAUUACGGCGAUAGCCCCUUCAUCGGAUUGUAAAACUUAUGCCAUCGGGUACAACAACGGCUCCAUUUUACUCGCAGCCUUACAGCCCUCCUUUACCAUCUUACACACAUUGACUACCUCUCGUGCUCCGUCCCCAAUUGCCUCCUUGACAUGGCACGCCUCGUCCUCGAAGCAGAGAUCAGACAUGCUUGCGACGCAAACCGCGGAUGGAGACCUAAGGGUCUGGAGUGUCUCCAAACCCCCAACCGCUGAAGCCCCACGAGUGAUUCGCGCCAUGAAAGGUUCUGAUGGCUAUGUGCCGGGCCGAAACUGGAUAUCAUGGUCCAAGAAUGGGCGUAUCGUGCAGUUUUCCGAUGGGAAGACUUUCUCUUACGAUGUCCGAACAAAGCAUGUUACUGCCGACCCCAUCCCCACGGUUGAUGGAGUGAGAGCCGUUGCUGCUCACGGUCCGACCGGCAAACUGUUCACCCUGGGGCCCGACUAUACUGUGCAGCAGUACGAUGUGGAAAGAGCUUUGAUGGUGGCAAACGUUCGCCUCAUGCCAAUUACCAUUCCUCCCACCCCGCCGGAAGAUGGCAGAGGCCCAAUGUGGGCUACCUCUGAGAGCGAAGAGGAGUUGGCAUCUCCUCCUGCGCGCGCCCGUCGAGACCUUCGUGCUAACGAAGUUGGCAAGUACGAUCGGAAUAACGUCCGCGUUCCAAGCCCUCAAUCGACCGCGGGAUCCCAAAAUGCAGGCUUCAAGCACGAAGGCAGCGAUAUGAUCUCACCAGCUGGGAGAACUGAAUACACGACAACAAGCAUCGACACUGGAAUACAAUCUCAGCUGGCCCCGAAUCAACCUGGACAACUUUCCAACAAAGCUUAUUGGCAGCAAUCCCCGAUCACCGCCAAGUCUACCAGAAAGGGCUCUCGUCUCCGACAAGAGGUUGUCAUGAGCCCAGAAGAUCAACCGGUCGAGGACCUCUUCCCUUUCACCAGGGCUCGCUUACACGAUGUCCCAUACCGACAGCCGAGGUUAAUGGACGAAUCUCUCCUAACACCGCGGGAUCUACGAAUGCAGAUGCUCAAGGUCGUCUUUGGUUGGGAGGAGGAUAUCCAGGACCUCGUGCGAGACGAGUUGAGUCGCCACCCGAACGAGAGCCAGAACGCCAUCUUUUUGGCCAAGUGGCUUGAUGAAGACCCAGACUACCUCGCAGAGAUCUUGGGCUCAACGGGUCUGACAUCAAACCUUGACUGGAUGUUGUUUUCAUUAGGCACCAUCAGCAACCAGGUGGAGGCGAAGAAAUUCACUCAGGUUUUCAUUGAGAAGUUGCUGAGUAAGGGCGACAUUCACGCCGCAGCUACCCUACUGCUUGCCCUUGGCGAUCGGAGUGAUGCCAUUGAAGUAUAUGUCACGAGGAAUCAAUAUAUGGAAGCGGUGCUGCUGACCUGUCUGGUUACCCCGGAUGACUGGCAGCGUCAGUCGUACUUGGUGCGGCGAUGGGGUGAACAUGUGGUCGAGAAUUCGCAACAGUCGCUUGCUAUACGGUGCUUCUCAUGUACAGGAGCCGAGCUGUCUGAUCCCUGGGCAUCCCCGCUGCAACCAGUCACGAGUCCUACAAUGCCUCAAGUGGAAUCUCUGGAGCACAUGCAGUACCCAGCCAUCUACCAUAAAACACUGGAAAGACGACGAACGCUGGAUGCCCCGACCCCAGUGGCUAUGCCGCCUCCGCCUUUGUUGCCAACAGCGCCGACACCGCCGACACCAUAUAGAACUGCUGCUACUCAGGGGACUCGCAUCACUCCCCAGACGUCAGCUCUCAAACUCAUCACUUCCUUUGGAUCCCAAGCCAACAAUACAUUCAAAUUCCCGGGGCUGAAACCUGAUGACCGCACCCCUACCGUUGGUGUAGCAGUCACCCCUAUUGCAGAGUCCGCUAUUGAUCGAUCCGCCUUGUCGCCGGGAGGCCUCGGCUCGUAUCGUCUGAACAAUAUUCGGAGCAUCAACAGCGCUCUUUCAGGCAAGACGGCAACCCCAGGUGGCUUUCAACCAAGCAGGCUGCCAUCUAUUGGUGAGACCCCGAUUGAUGUUGAAGCUCCCCAAUUUCCCAAUUCAGUUCCUCCACGGUCUGUCUCCGUGCCUGCGGAGUUGACAGCAGGCAAAACGAACGACAAGGAGGGGCUGGUAGCUUCCGGCAACCACCCCAGCCAGACGGGAAAGCAGGCGCCGAUGUUGCUCACCUCCGCGCGCUACGAACCGCUUACUACUCCAAUAAGAGAGACGCCUCAGACGGCCCUCGGACCACAGACGGCAGUCAGAUUCCCUGAAUCCAGCUCACAUGUGACAGUUCACGAUGCGGGUGAGAUGGACGUCUCGCGCGGGAGGACGGGAUCAAAGAAUCGUAAACCUGACGGGCUUUCAAUCCAGACCUCAGUACACGAAGCCAAGCCUGGGCAGGAAUAUCUCCCUGCUACCAGCUUCGCCGAGUCAAUAGGCAGACCAACGACAACCGGUUCUUAUUCUAAUACCCAGCUCGAUACCUCAAUCGAUACGACAAGUGCACCAACUACGGGUCAGAGCCAGCGUAUCAUGAAGAGUCCCAUGGUCACAGCUCGAAGCACGGAUCCGUUCAUCAGCAGCCUUGAACAGGCUCAAUAUUUUGGAAAACAUUCUCGUGCCCGUGGAUACAGCAGUACCAGCAAGAAUUCAAGAGACGAACACUCAGAGAGGAAAAAGAGCAGCGGGGCGACCAAUGCGGACGACGGUAGGGGAAGGGAUACUCGACGUAUUAUUCCGCCAGCCAAGCGUUCUCCUUCUUCACCCAUCCCGAUGUCGCCUGAAGAUGUCCGAAUGUACAGUACCAGCGUGGAAAGCUUCGAGUCGAUGUAUAGCUCCAACAUGUCGAGCAUAGAUCCAAGCUCAACACCUGUCAGCCUCUCUAAGCUGAGCCGGCGUGGCUCUCAAUCCACAGCUAAGGGCACGAAGCAUCGUCACAGAUCCCACUCAAGAUACACUGGCACCAGGGGCAAAACAGGGAGCCUUGGGACAAGCCGGCAGCCUAGUCCAGAUGUUGCUGUGAUCUCACCGAGAGGCCGAAGUUCCUCUCGUAGGGACAAUCCUGGGCAUCGAUCUCCAUCCUCCCCACGACCAAUGAUCCCUUCUGAGGAAGACCGAAGGAGCCGUUUCGACAAAGAUUCUUCCAUGAGGCUUGUCUCUAUGGACCGUCAUCGAUUGCAGCGAAGUACCAGUCGACAACCUGAGCGUGGUACGAGUGCCAGACGAGAUCCCUCUCCCGACCGCCGAAGGGGCGGGACUCGGUCGCGCAGUCGACAGGCAGACGAGACAUCGCUUCACAGAAGAACAAGCCGUAGUGAAGGCAAGAGACGCCGUCGUCGCCCGAGCGACGUGGUAGACGAGCGGAGUACCCGAAUUGAUGGUCAGCUGGCCGACACACCAAGUCAAGAGGAUGUCGGGUCUAGUGGCCAGCCCCAAUCCUCGACUUACCGGGGCCGGAGAGAGACUGCAGCUGAACAGCUAGAGGCCCGCCGACAAUCAUUAGCCCGUCGACCCUCUGCACCAACUGUUCUCCUUCCUAGUCAGCUCAGUGGGCACACCAAGUCGGCUUCGACGGGCGAUGUCCCACCCCUUACAAGAGCUUACACGGAUGAUGCAACAAGUAUCAAAUCCUCCGCUCUUGAGCCACAGGUCGGCGCCGAAAUGUUAGGAUUGGUUGCUGCAAAAAAUCGGUCAGGAACGCCGAGAAGCACGCAGAAGAUAGAUGCAAUCCCCGUCGGAGAGAUACCGGCCGUAAUUGGCACGACCGAGCUGCUGACGAGCGACGUGUAUCGACCACCAACGCGAGAUGAGCCCAGCAGACCCGGCUCUGCCCGUGCUCCUGCGUCGUUGGAGUUCUUGUCUCAGAUUCCUAAGCAUCCUGCUUACGACAGCCGUAUAGGCAACAGCAGGUCAAGCAGCAAGGGUGCUGAUGGACGAGGAUCAUCUCGAAGCCGUGGAACCUCCCGCGACCGGACACGCAUUUCACCACGAGAGGCACCGCCUAUGUCAGUGGGCCCUGCUGAAGGAGCACUCUACGCCGGUUCACCACCGCAGCAGCACCCGCCUAUCCUACCGGAACUACAGCACUUGGCCGCUCCACCUCCGCCUCCGCCUCCUCCCAAGGUGGCCAGGCCUCUCGAGGGUCUGAACUUGUCGAAUCUGCGUGUGUUCGAUAGUAGUGCUGUUGACAUUCCUCUUCCAAUGUCUGCGGGCCCUGAAGCCAUCCCUGAUGCGCUUAAUAGUGGACUCUCGCUUUCUGCAAUCUCGAUGUCUACAGGCCACCGACGAGGACGGUCUGGCAACGAAGCCACUAGUGGUCCUUCCACUCAACUGUUGGACAAGAUCAGAAACUUCGCUGGCCGGGUGCGUAGCCCGUCCAGAGGGCGUAGAGGCGAUGACAAUCAAGCAAUGAGUCCCAGGUCCAACACUGAGCGCAUUGCACCAUACGAAAGUAUUCCGUCUGGCACGACGUGA